CAUGAGCGGCGGCUGCGCCGGGGCAGCACCAUGCUCACCAUCACCUACCUGCUCGCCCAGGCGGCUUUCAGGAGCCGGGGGCUGGUGGGGCAUCAGUGCCAGGAGUUUGAGAACGCCGAGGGGGACGACUACGUGACGGAGUUCUCGGCCCAGGGCUCGCCCGCCCCGCAGCAUGGCCCCGAGGUGUACGUCCUGCCCCUCACCGAGGUCUCGCUGCCCAUGGCCAAGCAGCCGGGGCGCUCAGUGCAGCUCCUCAAGUCUGCAGACCUUGGGAGGCAGAGCCUGCUGUACCUGAAGGAGAUUGGGCAUGGAUGGUUUGGCAAGGUGUUCCUGGGGGAGGUGAACUCGGGCAUCAGCAGCACUCAGGUGGUGGUGAAGGAGCUGAAGGCCAGUGCCAGUGUGCAGGACCAGAUGCAAUUCCUGGAGGAAGCACAGCCUUACAGGGCCCUCCAGCACACCAACCUGCUGCAAUGCCUGGCCCAGUGCGCCGAGGUCACCCCCUACCUGCUGGUGAUGGAAUUCUGCCCACUGGGUGACCUGAAGGGAUACCUGCGGAGCUGCCGGGGGGCUGACUCCAUGGCCCCAGACCCUCUCACUCUGCAGAGGAUGGCAUGCGAGGUGGCCUGCGGCGUGCUGCACCUGCACAGGAACAACUACAUCCACAGUGACCUGGCCCUGCGGAACUGCCUACUCACAGCCGACCUGACCGUCAAGAUUGGGGACUACGGGCUCUCACACUGCAAGUACAAAGACGACUACUUUGUGACGGCCGACCAGCUGUGGGUGCCGCUGCGCUGGAUUGCACCCGAGCUCAUCGACGAGGUGCACGGCAACCUGCUCAUCGUGGACCAGACCAAAGCCAGCAACGUCUGGUCACUGGGAGUCACCAUCUGGGAGCUGUUCGAGCUGGGCAGCCAGCCCUACGACCACUACUCCGACCGGCAGGUGCUUGCCUACGCCAUCAAGGAGCAGCAGCUGAAGCUGCCCAAGCCUCAGCUGAAGCUGUCGCUGGCAGAGCGCUGGUAUGAAGUGAUGCAGUUCUGCUGGCUGCAGCCCGAGCAGCGCCCGACAGCCGAGGAGGUGCAUCUGCUGCUCUCCUACCUCUGCGCCAAGGGUGCGACGGAGGCAGAGGAGGAGUUCGAGAAGCGCUGGAACUCCAUGAAGCCCAACGGCAGCGCCAGCGGCAGCCACCACGGCACCGAGCUCUCCUCCUUCCCUCUGCUGGAGCACUUCUCGGCCGACGGCUUCCCCUCAGACGGGGACGACAUCCUCACCGUGAUGGAGACCAGCCACGGCCUCAACUUUGAGUACAAGUGGGAGCACACCAAGACCGACCACUUCCAAGCACCCCUGGGCUCCCUCAGCCCCAGCAGCGCCGCACGUUACCAUGAACUCUAUUACCCAGCAGCAUCUGCGGGGCACCUGAGCCUGGGGGUCUCACCGUCCUGCUAUGAGUGCAAGCAGCAGGGCUGCCCCAGCCUGCCGCCACCCAGCAUGGUGCCCAUCCUGGGCGCACACAGCCCCUCGCUAGGCAGUGAAUACUACAUCCGCAUCGAGGGCCCGGCUGAGGGCAGUGCUGAGAUGGACUACGCCAUGUGCUCCUACAGCCCCGAGGGUGAGCGUGGCUCCACGUCCUGCUGGAGAACCCAGGGCGCGCGGGAUGACUCGGACAGCAGCCCCGCUGCAUCGCUGAGCAUGGAGCCGCUGCUGGGCCAUGCACCGGCAGGUGAGGGCUCGUGGGAGUGCGCCGAGUACUACCCCUAUGCAGGGCAGGAGCAGCAUGGCUAUGUGCCAUCCCCCGGCCCCGAGCGGUUCCUGCUGGACGAGGAGCAUGCUGAGCCUAGUGACAAGGACUGGCCCGUGCCCGGCUUCCAGCACAGUGUCUUCGCCGACCCACUGGGCGUCUCGCCCUCAUUGAACUGUGCCUACAGCCCCCAGCGCUACAGGCAGCCUCCAGCACAGGGUGAAACCCAUCCGGACUGCGUGGCGCUGGAGCUGGGCGAUGACAGCCCUCCUGGGGCUCCCAUCCCAGCAGCCCCUCAGCAGCAACCCUGGGCCUCCAACAGCUCCUCCAACAACAACAUUGGCAGUGGCAGCCCGGCCACC